CGCUCGCCAGGCCCCGUCGGCGUUAGCAGACGACAACAGAACCGUAUCGCUUCGUAGGCGACCACUCCGCUGCGUAGUCCUGUGUAGCUGUACGCGCUUCCCGCUGCUCCUACCUGACGUGGGCGCAAAAUUGAAGCACUCCACUUUUUUUUGUCGCUCUUCUCGUAGUCCCGUGGUGCGCCGCUCCUAUUUUGGCGUAGUGUUGUGGGUGCGGAACACCUUUGCGAAAGUUUCUGUGGACCGGUGUUCGCGUAACCCGGCUGUGCUGCGCAGUUUAGAAUUUUCUAGAGGCAAGUUGGGGGGCGGCCUUACCGUCACCGGCUGAUGUCAUCCCCAACGCGACUGGUGCGGCACGAACGGUAGCGCGCGGUAAUUCUGCAUCUCAGAUCCGAAACAACCGUCUCAGAAAGAGCAACGCCAGAAGAAAGCGUCGUCGUUUCAAGCAACACUUCUGGGUCCAACCAUCUCCGCCGGCUUUUGUCUCCGCCAAGUGUUUGAGCGAGUGACGGCUGUCAACUCUGACGUACGCGCCAAGAACGUCUGCUUCGUGUAGGCUACUUCGCCUGCAACGGGAUUGUGUGUGCUGUCAUCUCGCUUCUGGGGACUUCACGCUUUCAAGGCUUGUGGUUUGAAGCGCAAAGAGGUGAAAAGAACGAAGAGCCAUGUCCUCGCUCUUCACGAGCAGACGGCUGUCGGAUGAGCUGGAUGACCUUCGUAGCAGGCUUAACGACCAGUACUCGCGGCUGGACCGCGAGUACCGGUGCUACGAGAACAGGUACCACGACAUCCGGCGCAGGCUUUUCGACGGCAGUCCCUUGAAGCCUUCCGUCUGGACCUCUCUCACGAACGACUCCGAACGCUUCUGUCUCCGACUGGACGUUGGCCACUUCGACUGCGAUGACCUAGAGGUCAAGACGGUCGACAACCAGGUGGUGAUCCACGGCAAGCACGGAGACCGCACCGAUGAGCUUGGAGUCAUCUCGCGCGAGUUCACGCGCAAGUGCACCCUUCCCAAAGACGUGCAGCCGGAUGCGGUCAAGUGCUCCAUCACCUCCGACGGUUUUCUCAUCAUCGAGGCGCCGAAGCGCAGCGACAAGCCACACGGCCAGGAACGUGUGGUGCCGAUCACAGUGGUCGACGGAUCUACCAACGGUGCCACCACCGGCACGGACCACGAAGCCAGCGCUCCUGGUCCGUCCGGCAAGAAGACCACGACGACUACGACCACAAGCUCAGGAGGCACGGCGGGGACCGAGAGCCGCACGUCUUCGAGCACGCACACGGUGACGACCACGUCGUCCAAGUCGUCUUUCCUCAAGAAUGGUACGGGACCCGGCGUGAGCACCGGCGCCAUCAGCAAGGUCAUGUAGAGGAAGUACCACGCUGGUCACGGCAAAUGUUGCCGAGGUACUACCGUGGUGAUCGAACUGAUGCCUGGCCAUUUGAUUGGGCUCUUUGAUUUCCUAGACGUCGCUUCGCCACUUUGCUGUUUUCGGUGUUGUGGAAUGAUCCUCUAGAACUAGGCACACUGCAGUUUAAGUUUCGUUUCAGCUUUGCACACGAAACGCUGUCCGUCGGCGCUGGUGUCAUGUCUUGUUCUAGUCUGCUAGAGUUUUCACUCGAGAAUGUGCGAUGAUCUUACGGCGGCCUUCGUUUUGAGGCUCGAAGUGCGCUUACAACUUUCCGAAUAAUAUCGUUGACCGUAAUCUCGUGAUGUAGACUGUCUUACAGAUUAUUAACUUCUGAAGACCACACAAAAUCUACAGAACAGUGUCCAGAUCGUUCAUUCGUACCGGUAGAAUAUGCGCAUAGAUGCAACUCUAAGAAACUUAGCUUUAAUAUCAUGCGGAGUUCAUCUUGGUAAAGCUUUACUACGAAAAUAAGCGUCGAAAUGAGACACAAAAAGACAGGCUGUAUAUCAUGUGCAUGGUCAGUCUUUAUUGUCACGAUGUUUUCCGCACUUUCGGAAAUGCAAGCGCAUGCAAGCGGUGAUCUUGAAAAAAUUUUCCAUUUGACAGAACUAGAAGAAAGUUAAGAACGCCCGUAAGAGGUCAAUCAAGGAUUGAAAUAUUUUGGAUUUGCAAUUGUUUGGCUGACUUGAUUAUAGGCUGCUGUUUUUUUUUAAAACUGCCCAAAUAUGAUCUGUUGUGUCGAAAACUCCUACAGGAGGCAUUAAAUACAAUAUGACUGAGGACAGAAUGUGCUAAGAGAUAAUAUCAUUAUUGACAAAUGUUCUGUAGAUGUGUUCUAAAGACACAUCAUGUCUGAGGAAGCACUUCUACUUAAUGCCAAACCGUUAGGCAUUUGGAGUGUCACCCAGAGGCAAUAGUUCUCACACCUUCCACGUGAAGUCGGAGAAGAAGCUUAAUCUAUGGCAACCGAUAUAUCAGUCGAGCUCUUAUAAUUUGGUGAUGAUAGUCGCAGUUUUGAAAACAUUGAAAGUUUGUUCUCGUUGCAGACUUUACACCCCAAAGAAGCGGCUAGCUAGCUUUCUACAUCGCCCAGCGGAUUGAACAAUUUUCACCAAGAAAAAUAUAUUGACAAAGCAAGGAAUCUAGGUAAAAGAAAUUUUGACAGCGUGCUGUAUACUUCAGAA